AUGGCCGGCCUCUUCUCCCGCCUUAAGGGCAAGGACUUCAAGAAGAAGAAGGGCAAGGACGGCGCCGAUUCGCAGCCAACCCGACCCCAGUGGACCGAUGCUUACACGCGGACCUCCGUCGAGCCUGAGGAGGUUCACGAGCUGAUCCGAUGUUGCACUGAGGAGCUCAAGGCGCGAGCUCUCGACCACCCCUUUCUCCUUCUGCCAUUCCGACCUACCUCCGAUCCCAGCGCUGUGCGCACAUUCAUCAGACACUUCUUCGAAGCUCACCAAAACCUGCGCGGCGAGCAACUACUCCAGGAGCUGCGCAUGACCGAGCCCAUGGUCGUUUCCGGCGUCGCAAAGUGGUGCUGGAGUCGUCUUCAGGGCGGCAUUGUUGGUUGGGAUGCCUAUGAACUGUUCAAGGUCGGAGAAAUUGACUCGCACAUGGCCCGAGACUCGUUCAAGACAUUCAUCCCCAUUAGCGUCGAGAAUGGUGCCCGCCAGCGCAUUAUCUUUGACUAUUUUGACCUUUUGGCUGCAAUUGCUGCCCACGGCAAGACCAAUGGCCUCGGUGGGCGCAAGGUCUCCCGAAUGGCCGCUUGGUGGGCCUUUGAACACAAGGACACCAAGAAAGGCUUUGAGGGAGGCUACAACUCUUGGCUUAGCGCCGCCGAUGCCACGAGCCACAUGUUCUUCGCCUACCUCCGAUCUCUUUCCCCCGAGGUGAAUGUCAGCGGUAUUACGAUGCUGCCCAUGUCCCUUCAGAAGCUCGUCCAGGAGACAGAGUACCCCCCUCAGCGACCCGAGUUGAUGAUGACGCCUACGAACAAGGUUGUCAUGAUCGUCGACACCGUCUCCCCCACGCCGUUUGCCCUCUUGCGCCGGGCCAAUCACUUCCAGUAUCGCGACGAGGACCGAGCCCUCCAGGAGUUCUCCGAGUACCAGGACCCAGUCAAGGCAUUGACUGAUGAGUGUCGCCGAGUCUUGAAGGCCGUUUCCGCCGCAAACCAGUCCCAAGUUUCGAGUUCUAAGCAUUCUACGAGUUUGCGUGACGCUUCUUGGUCUCGUUUUGAGGAUAUCGGCUUCACGAGCACUUUAGAGGAGGAUGACGACGAAGAUGAGAGCGCCAUCACCCAUAGACAGCCUCAGGGUUUGAGGAGAGCUCCUGCUUCUGGAAACGGAUUGGGCAGACCGACGACCCCAUCUUGGGCCGAUUUCCUCUCAUCAGGAUUCAUUGAUGAGAACUCAGCCUCCCGACCCAACCUUCUUCUGCCCCCUGACAAGGUUCUCCCUCCCAUCGAGACGCAACCCAGACAGCGAAGCUCCCAAUCCCACCGACCGAGACUCGAAUCCGAUCGCACCCUUGAGCCUGGUGAGCUGGCAAGCAUCACCACGUUCUCUCUCGACGAUGCUUUCUGGUGGGUCUGGAUGACCAGUCUGGCUCCCGAAGAAACCGCAGAGCGCAAAUCGGCUUUCGGUCGAUGCACAAUCAUCGAGACCAAGAUCCCCACGGGUCGAUGGCUGGUGAUGGAGGAAAUGAUCGCAGGCGCGGCUCCGGAACCCGAAGAGGGUGCCUAUAUCGCAGAGAAGAAGGGCUUCUUCUCCUGGACAAGGCGUGGAAAGGGUCUGAGUCGACGGAAGUCUGCCGGAAAGUCUGCCCUUGAGAUGGGCAACAACGCCGGUAGCAAGGCUAGCAUCGGACCGGAUACGCAUGCCAGGAUACAGGCGAAGGCUGCUCAGCUCCGAGCUCAGGAGUUGCAUGACAAGAAAAUGGCUGCUCAGCAACAGCAGUCCCAGCGCCGCGGCCGAUCAGACGCAGAGCUAAUGGCUGAGAAGACUAACAGUGUACUCACGCUCCAGCCGGCCAUCAUUGGCGAGGCUUCGUCGGCUCUCAAAUGGGUCAACAAAUAUGACAAGGGUACCAUCAAGGAUGUUUACUUGUCCAACAGCAACGCAGGCCGUGGCAUGACCAUGUCUCCAGUUCCCUCCGAACGCCUGAACGAGGCCGCCGAGACGAAUGGGGGAAUGAAUGGACAUCAUGAGCAGGCGCCUGAAGUGCCCGCUAAGGAACCCGCACCUCCCCCUGUUCAAUCCCCCGUUGUCCAAUCCCCUGCUGUUCAAUCCCCUGUUUUCCAGUCCCCUCCUGCCUCUCCGGAGAUCAAGAAGGAAUCCGUGAGGAAGCCUCUCCCCCCAGUGGAGAAGCCCGAGGAGGUUCAGAUUCCAGAGGUCGUUGAGCCCCCGGCCAGUCCCGUCCCGCCCCCCAAGGACGACAUCUUUGACGAAGUCACCCGGGACGACGCUCUAUCGCCCGAGCCUGUCAGCCCCGAGAACAAGAAGCAGAAGAAACUACAGAAGGAGGCCAAGGAGGGUCGAGGUUUCCGCAAGCUGUUCCGCAAGAACCGAAGCUCCAAGCUGCCCGAGAAUGCUGCUGCCGACGUCAACAGCAUGCUGCGAAAGGACCAAGCCACGCCUGAGCCGCCUGUUCAACAAACAAUCACUCCUGCCGAGACACCCGAGCCUGUCCUAGCUCAUGAUGAACCUGAGUCCACCGAGGAGCCCGUGAAGCCGGCUGCUGACGCCGUGGAUGUGGAGGACAAGCCCAACGUUUCUGCGUUCAGCCAGGGCCCCUUGGAGGAUCAGCCCGCCUUUGCCCCUGAUACUGAUGGAGAGGAUGAUGCCGUCCCGCCCCCCAUUGGCCGCCAGCCGCGCCAGGCCUCCAACUUGAAAGCCUCUCAGCCCGAGGAGAAGCUGAGCCAGAGUGCCAGCCCUGGUGUGCAGGACCGCUGGGCACAGAUCCGCAAGAACGCUGCGGAGAGGGCAGCCACUCGCCAGACUGAUGAGCAGCCCCGAGUACCAUCCCACAAGACUGCCGAUGGUGAUGAUGAUACUAGUGGAGAGGAGACUAUUGAGUCUCGUGUCGCUCGCAUCAAGGCUCGUGUGGCCGAGCUGACGGGUAACAUGGAGACCAAUGGUGGCCCUCAAGCAGCUACCGCCGCCGCCAACGCCCGCCGCUGA